GACUGUGUGCUGUCGUGUUUUUGUUUACUUCUCUCUGCGCCUGUGUUUUUUCUCUGUCUUUGCGGCUCUCGUGGCCCGUGAGUGGAGAGGAUGUCUGAGACCGCUCCUGCCCCGCCGGCCGCCCCCGCGCCUGCGCCCGCGGAGAAGACGCCGGUGAAGAAGAAGGCUGCGAAGAAGGCAGCCGGCGCUGGCGGAGCGCGGCGCAAGGCUGCCGGGCCGCCCAUCUCGGAGCUGAUCACCAAGGCGGUAGAGGCCUCCAAGGAGCGCAGCGGCGUGUCUCUGGCCGCUCUGAAGAAGGCGCUGGCGGCUGCCGGCUACGACGUGGAGAAGAACAACAGCCGCAUCAAGCUGGGCUUGAAGAGCCUGGUGAGCAAGGGCACCUUGGUGCAGACGAAAGGUACCGGCGCGUCAGGCUCGUUCAAGCUCAACAAGAAAGCUCCGGCGGCUGAGGGCAAAGGCAAGGGCAAGAAGGCUGCGUCUGCCAAGGCCAAGAAGCCGAGCGCUGCAGCCAAGAAGCCCAAGAAGGCCUCGGGAGCGGCGGCCAGCAAGAAGAGCGUCAAGAAGACGCCCAAGAAGGUGAAGAAACCGGCAGCGGUGGGAGCCAAGAAGGCGGCCAAGAGCCCGAAGAAGCCUAAGGCCGCCAAGGCCAAGAAGGUGGCUAAAAGCCCGGCUAAGGCCAAGCUGGCCAAGCCCAAAGCGGCCAAGCCUAAGGCAGCCAAGCCCAAGAAGGCGGCGCCCAAGAAGUGAAGGAAUUUCUUCCCGCCGUGCUCCCUACCCGACCUCUUUAUUAUGAACUCAAAGGCUCUUUUCAGAGCCACCCCAUAGAUCUCAAAGAGAGAUGCUGAACACGAACGUACACGACGUG